AAUAAAUAAGAAGAUUCUUCAUUGGAUUUUAGUCGCCAUAUUUCCGUGUGUUCUCACUGAUGUUCUCAAUAUUUUAUUAAGAUACCUGAGGCUUACAUCCUUGCUCAACCCACUCCGGAGCUACCCCGUCGCGUCGUCAUUCUGGAUUGUGUGUUGAAAGCUCAUGAGGAUCAUCAUGAGGACUCUUCAGGCGACAGGGUUCCUUUACGGAUUCUGCGCAUCCUACCCACCGCGCUCGUUGAGUUUAUAGGACGCGCACCGAGAAAAGCGACACAUUACAUGAGGGAUCGACCGAGGGACAUGGAAAUACUGUGCAGGAUUUCCGGGUCAGAGCUCUUAGAGAGCUUUUUCAUGGUUCCUGCAUUAUUACCUUCCCUGCAGUGGUGGAGUAAACUGGAACGGGCUCCAUUUUCCAAUGCCUUAAUCGGACGAAAGAAGUGGAUUCGCCGGGCCCUAUCAAGGGCCUUAGUAUUCUUUUUUCUUCUCAUUCCCACCCCCCAACUCAAAAAAAAAAGUCUAACUAUCAUACUUAAGUGUCAGUUUCGAAGGACACUUAGCACUGAUGCCUCCUGGAAGAUGAAGAACUAUCAGGUCACAUUCACUUGACCCUACAUAUCCUGGGAUUUUCUGGAAUCCCAAGCAUCUUACUCUUUACCUUGGAUCUCCAAGGCAGCCAAAACCGAGACUGUUUAGAAACUGAAGCUUUAGACAUGCACCCACAGAGAAAAUCUGACUGAAACCAUCCACAAAUCAAGGUUUUUAUGUUGCACCCAACUUUGUUACUACAACAUUUGUAGUAUUAACUUCUCUCUUUGUUCAAUCCCUCUAAUAGCUCUUACUUUUCCCUCUUCCAUACAUACAAGUUAGUUAUCUCUGUUAGUUCAAUCUAUU